UAAUUUAAUUUAGUAAUAAAAUAAAGUAAAAAAAUAACGAAUAGAAAAGAAUUAAUGAUUUGGGUUGUAUAGCAACGGCCAAUUCGCGGUAUAAAAGAAGGUUCCGUUGGAACAAUUAUUUAUUUCAGAAUAUCUCAUCUUUUUAUUAAAAAAGAGAAAGUGUGGGGAGAAAUGACAAGACGAUAUUGGAACAUCAAUUUGGAAGAGAUGAUGGAAGCGGGAGUUCAUUUUGGUCACGGUACUCGGAAAUGGAAUCCUAGAAUGUCGCCUUAUAUCUCUGCAAAAUGUAAAGGUAUUCAUAUUAUCAAUCUUACUAGAACUGCUCGUUUUUUAUCAGAGGCUUGUGAUUUAGUUUUUGAUGCAUCAAGUAGAGGAAAACAAUUUUUAAUUGUUGGGACAAAAAAUAAAGCAGCUGAUUCAGUAGCACGGGCUGCAAUAAGGGCUCGCUGUCAUUAUGUUAAUAAAAAGUGGCUUGGAGGUAUUUUAACGAAUUGGUCCACGACAGAAACGAGACUUUAUAAAUUCAGGGACUUGAGAAUGGAACAAAAAGCAGGGAGACUCGCUCGUCUCCCAAAGAGAGAUGCAGCCGUGUUGAAGAGACAAUUAUCUCACUUGCAAACAUAUCUGGGUGGGAUCAAAUAUAUGACAGGGUUACCAGAUAUUGUAAUCAUCGUUGAUCAACAAGAAGAAUAUACGGCCCUUCGAGAAUGUAUUACUUUAGGGAUUCCAACGAUUUGUUUAAUCGAUACAAAUUGUGACCCGGAUCUCGCAGAUAUUUCGAUUCCGGCAAACGAUGACGCUAUAGCUUCAAUUCGAUUAAUUCUUACCAAAUUAGUAUUUGCAAUUUGUGAAGGCCGCUCUAGCUAUAUAAGAAAUCCUUGAUUCAUAAUAAA